AGAACCUCAUGCUGAAGAGACAUGGCCUCCGUCACAGAAGAUCUUGAAAUGCAACGCCAUGGAUCAGGUUCUUUACAGCAGAAUGUACAGCAACACAGAGGCUCCCUUCAUGCAUUUUUGCACACACUGGGACUUGCAGAAUAUUUCCCAAACAAGAUCCUUACACUCAGAUCCUUACAAGAGAUCAAAAAAGACAGCCUGUCUGACAAAAAGGAUGAUUCACUGCAAGCAAUACCGUGGGCUUUUCUGAGGAAACUACUGAUGGCUAACACCAAAUCAAGGACUUUAGACUGUGCAAGUGAAAACGAGGAAACAAAUGACUGGUUUUCUGAGAGCAAUAUAGACAUCAGUCCUAAUACCUUAGAUCUUAUUGUUGCCCUCUAUGCCUGUGCAGACAGUUUUCUCCAGCAGGAAAUGACCCUUAAGAUGUCCAUGUGCCAAUUUGCAGUACCCUUUCUGUUACCCUGUGGUAUACAGAAUCAGUGCACUCUUAUGUUAUGGGCUCUAAGAGGUGUCCUGAAAGAGUGGUGUCCCCAUUCAAUGUCUAAAAGUAAAGGGUUUGUUGAAGAGAGUGUAGUUUGUGCCAAAAUACCUCUGGUGUCGUUUGUCAGGCUGAGAAAUUGUAGCUUGUCAAAGUCCCAAGUUAUAAACCACUUACUCAGUGAAUCCCAGCAGCACCAUGAUUUCUUUUGUCACCGAGACAUGAAAGGAGGAUGUCGCCCCAGGAUGAUUGCUAAUGGAAUGGUUGAAAUGUGCUGGUAUCUGCCAGGUGGGAACACGGCCAUUGACAUCUUCCCUGAGCCAGUGGCCAUUGCUAAUUUAAGAGGAGAUGUUGGUGCAUUUGAAACACAAUUCGCUUUCCUUACUCAAGUGUCAAAAGCAAUGUUUGUUUUCCUGGACAAGUUUGAAGAAAGGGAGCAAAAGAUGCUUGUCUCUUCACAACAACUGAAUUCAAAACUAUUCUUUGUUGUGAAUUAUCAGAGAGACACACAUCCAGAUGUGAAGUCAUCAAUUCAAGCAGUGAUGGAAGCCCUGAAGUUGACCAAAGAGGACAUCAUUGUGAAAAGUCAGAAUAUCAACAUGGCAAAGCUUACAGACAUGAUCUGUUCUACCAUUAGGAAAUCCCUCAGUGAGCCUUCUCCAUCCUUAGAUAUUGAGUCCAUGUCAAGGAUUGCUUGUGAAUUUGGAAUAUCUGUGGAUGAACUUACCAGCAAAGCCUCCAGUUCAGCAGAGCAAGCAGCACAGAAUAUUAUCAAAGGCAUUGGAGUUCGUGAAAUUGUUGUCUAUAAGAAGAACCAGCUGCCAUUGCAAGGUGAAAACUGGAAAAGACUGGCUCAGAUAGAAAAAGAGGAAUGCAGGUUACAAACUGCAGGAGAUACAAAGCUGGAGGACUACAAAGCAGAACUUCAGCAAGAAAAAAAAAUCAUUCAGAAAACACAAAGUAAGUACAAGAUCACAUCAGCAAUGUCAGGGUUUAUAAAUGCAGUGACAACUAAUGACUCCAUUGAGAGAGCUUUCUUUCUCAAAUGGCUGGGGUACAAGCUGGACAUGCGUUCACGUAAGUGCCUGUCAUCCCUUCGACAUGCUUUUAAAGAGCACUGUCGACAAAAAGAUAAAGAGUCCCUAGCCAAAGUAGACCAGCAACUUCUGGACAGCUCUCUUGGCUUAGAACAUUACUUGAGAGAGAUGGGACAUAUAUAUGAGGCUUCACUAGGUUCAAGCAAAAGACUGGAUGAACUCCCCAAAGUAGCUGCUGAGCUCCUGCAGGAAGGGUUUCCUCUUGAGCUGCUGGAUGGAGAUGCAUCCAGUAUUCCAGAAAAAUGGAUAAAUGAUGUUCUGAUGGAGCUUCACAGGAUGGUUGGACAGAAGAGUCGUCUGUUGGUACUGACAGUGUUAGGGGUUCAAAGCACAGGCAAAUCAACACUGCUCAACACCAUGUUUGGAGUCCAGUUUGCAGUUAGCAGUGGUCGGUGCACACGUGGAGCUUACAUGCUCUUACUGACAGUGGGAGAGGACCUCAGGACAGAGCUGUCAUGCGACUAUAUCCUCUUAAUUGAUACAGAGGGUUUGAAAUCACCAGAUCUUGUUCAACUUGAUAACAGUUAUGAACAUGACAAUCAACUAGCCACAUUCGUGAUUGGUCUUAGUGAUAUAACCAUUAUCAAUGUUGCCAUGGAGAACUUCACAGAGAUGAAGGAUAUUUUGCAGAUAACAGUGCAUGCUUUUUUACGGAUGAAGGAAAUUGGUAAAAAACCAAUUUGUCACUUUGUUCACCAGAAUGUUGCUGGUGUAUCAGCACAUAACAAGUUAAUGACAGAGAGACAGCAUCUCCUGGAACACCUGAAUGAAAUGACACAGAUUGCAGCCACAAUGGAGAAGAAAAGAGGUAUCAGCAAAUUCACUGAUGUUUUGGAUUAUGACGUGGAACUGAAUCACUGGUAUAAUACCAGCUUUAUGGUAUGGCACUCCUCCAAUGGCACCUGUUAAUACAGGCUACAGUGUAGCUGUUUUUGAUUUCAAGAAAAACGUGUUAAAAACCCUGAAAGAAAGAAAUGAUGAACUGUUUUUCAACAUCCCACAAUUCCUGGAAUGGACAAGAAGCAUGUGGAGGGCAGUGAAGUUUG